AUGGACGCAAUGGUGGUGUCAGAGGUCAAUGCCCCUCAGGCAGAGGAUGAUGCCCACCGGCCUGAAGACACACUAGAUCGGCCUCCCGUCGAGGCAGAAAACAAGUUCCAGAAGGCAAUCGCAGCAUGGCGGAACAUCGACCUUUCCUCGUUGAUGCCUCAAUUGGAUUCCACAGCCUCUGAAAUAGUCGCCCAGCAGAGAGAUGCCUUGCUCGAGCGGAAGGAACUUGCCCAGAAGACGAAAGACUUUCGAAAAUUGGAGGAUGCAGCGAAGUUGACUGAAUAUAAGACGCUCUUGAAAUCGUACCAAACCUUCAUUGACCUGAUCACUGGCCACGGCAAGACUUCAUCGUCCGCAUUCCUCCAACUAUACCAAUCCUUGUCUGAGGCUCCGGAUCCCUUUCCUCUCCUCGAAGCCUCGGUCGACUCUCUGGUUGCAUCCGAGGACACAGUACCCAAGCUCACUUCUGAGAACCAGCAACUGCUCGCUAGGGUCAGUAGACUGACAGCUCAGCUCGAAGAAACAGAACGAAAGCUGCAGGACGAAAGCAAAGCCCGGAAAGAUGCCGAGGCCGGAACGAGUACGCUGGUGCAAGAGGUCGAAGCCAAAUGGGAAAACGUCCUGGAGGAGAAACAGAACAACUGGACUGCCAAAGAGCGCUUUCUGGAAGACAAGGUCGAAAACCAAGACAGACUCCUUAAAGAAUUGAAAGCCAGCUACGAAGUGUCUCAGAGGCUUCAAGAUGGGUCGGCUGAAGCCGCAUCGUCUAAAGCUGCGGCUGCAGAACUAGAGAUGAUGACCUAUGAGCUAGAGAAGACAACUGCCCGUCUUGCCGAAAUCGAAGCAAGGAACGAACAGCUUCGAGUCGACCUUGCCAGAGCCACUUCCCAGGCUGUUGAGAAUCAUAGUAUCGAAGAUGACCCUUCCUUUUUACGCCUGCAGUCCGAAAACUCUUCCCUUCUUCGAAAAAUUGAGUCCGCCAGGUUCGAGAGAGACACGGAAAAGAGAGAUUGGGACAAUAAGCUACGUCAAGUUGACAGGCAGCGGUCUCAACUCGCAAAUGAGAAUGAGGAGCUACGGACAAAGGUCAGUAAAUGGUCCGACUAUGAGGAUCUGAGACGGGAGCUAGAUACUCUUCGGUCAAUUGAACUGUCAAUUGGCGACGAUGAAGAUGGGGACGAGGCUGCUAUGGACGGGUUGGUAGAGAACGGCACGAAGCAAUCUUUGGAGCAGCUGCUGCUCGCACGCAACAAAAAGCUGACCAACGAGCUGACGUUAUUGCGAGUGUCGCACCAAGACCUUCAACGGCAGCUUGAAGAUCUUCAAGAAGAGCUGUCCCGGACGAAUGCCGAGUUGGAGAAGUCUCAGAAGCUGUCUUCAACCCUGGAGAACGAUCUUAUGCGCGUACAAGAGGAGGCUGUAAACGCACUGCCCUCUUCGGGGAUGUCUGUCGCCGGCACUUACGUAUCUCGGCAUCCUAUGGGCUCUUUGCGGAGAGGAAGGGCAUCACCCACAUCCUCAAUCAUCUCGGGCUACGACAUGCAGCCGAGAACCAACACCUUGGAGUCACUGCGAGGGGGAGAUCCAGCUGGGGGAGGAUCUGGCAUUUUGCCGAUGAUCCAGGCUCAAAGAGAUCGGUUCAAACAGAAGAACCAACAACUUGAGGAAGAGCUAUCCAAAACUUACGCGACCGUCACUUCGCUGCGUCAAGAAGUUGCCUCGCUUCAGAAGGACAACUUGAAUUUGUACGAAAAAACGCGAUAUAUCUCUGCAUACAAUCGAGGUCCAGCCACGUCUUCCGCUUACCACGGGGCACCAGGACACACCUCGAUCCAUGUGGAUGACUCAACUACCAGCCGCUGGAAAUCGCAAUACGAGGCCAAUAUCUCUCCUUUUGCCGCCUUUCGUGGCCGAGAAGCGACACGUGCCUACAAACGCAUGAGCUUCCCAGAAAGGAUUAUAUUUUCGCUGACGAGGGUCGUUCUCGCGACCAGGACUUCACGCAAUCUCUUUGCUGGCUAUUGUCUUGCACUUCAUAUGCUGGUGUUCGUAAUGCUCUACUGGAUGGGCACCGCAGAUGUGGAUCGAAAGGUUGUCCAUCUGGGCGAAGCGGCAGCGGCAGCAGUGGGCGGCGCAGGCCUUCGAUCACCUGAAUCCCACGAUCCUGACUGGCAUCAGCAGGAAUUUGGAUAG